CUGUCAAACUGCAUUAACGUUGAGGUUAAUCUAAACCGAUCGAUGCAACUGAAUUCCUUUCGAUCUCGGCUUGUGAUCCGCACUACUGUAACUUGUCGUGUUAAUCACACUGCCAAUUUCUGAGUGACAUCAAUUAACCUCUCAAGACUCGAACCGCCCAAGAAAGGGCGCAUUUGUUACGUAACGCUUAUCAGGAAUAAUUUUCAUUCUCAUUGUGAGCUUGCAUCGCUGCAGUCAGUAAUCAUCCGAUGGGUAAGGAAAUGGCUGAAGAGAACGCGGUCGCUGCCGGCCAAAAUUUUCUCUGUUAAUUCAAGCGAAUCCGUCCGUCCAUCAAAAGUCCAGAAAUUGGUUUACGUCCUUUCAAAAAUUACUGACUGACGCAGGGAAUGGAUCACAAGCGACAGCAAAUGAUCACGGUCUUCUCGUUGCAGUAACUGUCUAUCGGUGAAUCUUUAGCCCCGCACUGGCGGUAGGCAUGAAAAGUGAAGUGAUAUACUCGCAGCUAAAUAAUCCUCAGCAGGCUGGGACCAGAGAGAUUAUUAUUAAAACAUCGAGUGGUCACAGCUCGGGCAGGAUGAGAAGAUACUAUCAGGCCGCUCUGGUAAUUACAGCAGCUGUUAGUCUGGUGUCGUUACUCUUCUACAGACACGAAUACAAUAAACUUAGAUAUGUACUGGAAGUGUUAAACUUCUUUGGCAAGCCUGGGCAAAAAGGAAUCGAUAGAAAUUGCACCAAAGAUGAGUCAGGAUUUGGUAAAUCAGAUCCAGAGUUUGAUGUUCCACUGUCAUCCUGGCAGAGGUUGAAUGACGAUUUAUACAUUUACUCUGCUUAUGGAAUAAGCGAUAAAGAGGUGAGAGCCAUAGGUUUUGGGGCAGUCGAUGCAGAUUUAAAUCUGCUCUGUCGCGUAUACGUAGACGGUAAGACCAGGCCUGUUCCUGGGAAGUUUUCGUCCAUGAUUAUCAGCAAUAACGGGGAUGACAUGAGUAUGCCAGAGAAUCCAGUGUAUUCGGGCUACCAUUUAAUUUGUGAGCACAGUGAAUACAAUGUGCCCGUAGGUGUAUCAUUCCUUUCUAAAAUGGAGACAAAUGUAAAGGACAUUCCCAUUCUGCCGGUGAAAAUCUUGACCCAGGACUUGGACAACAACAGCAGUGCCGUUUGCAUAGCGCCUCCUUUAACAAAGCCAAUGGAUCGCGCAGAUAUGGUCAGUUUUUUAAACUUUCACAACCUGGUAGGCAUGAACAACUUCAUCGUGUAUGACUUCGGAGUGUCUACUGCAUUUAACAAAGGUCUGAAAGACAUGGCAAAGAAUCCCAGUCCUUACUGGAAGUUCACGUACACGACGGUGCCAUGGAACUUCCCAUUCACUGGAAUUAAUCCGAAUAUUAUUAAGGAUGUAAUCGAGGUCGACUGCCUCUAUCGCACUUAUAAUAAAGUCAUGUACGUCGCUACGAUGUCAUGGGAGGAGUACAUAGUUCUAAAGUAUCAUCAUGUGGUAGCCGACCUCCUUGUGGAAUUUGGUCGCACAAGCACAAUAGGUGGGCGCUACAAACUAAAAACCUUAGUUUUUUGUAUGCAACAGAAGGAUGACAAACGUGCCACAAAUUCGACCCCUGUGGUCCUCAGAAAAACGCACAGCAAUCGAAACAUUGUCGUGAAACGUCCAUUUUAUAUCUAUAAGCCGCACGAAACGUUGAACGUAGACAUCAUCGACACUCAGGAAGCCAAUCCGGAUUUUAUAUUCGUUAAUCGGUACCAAUACUGUGACUCCGAAAUAGAUAACAGUACCGAUGCUUACGAUCCCUCCAUUUUGAGAUUCGCAGGCGACAUGCAAAAUUCGCCGAUUUACAAAAAAUACGUCACGGGCAAGUUAUUCUCCAUCGAGUGAUCUUAUUAACGCGCCAGUGAGUGAUCUUCAAAGAGAACGCGAUAGUUAUUAAUUUAAGUCUUAGGUCGAUGUUGCUCAUUCUAAGGGGUACAUCGAUAACAAUGAUGCCACGAGUACGACGUUUAAGUUUCAAAUAGAGCUUCCGAGACGAGGCUUGAAAAUCGCAACGGUGACAUGGCUCCGAUCGGUUGCAUUUAUUAUAGAAAACUACUUUGAACUACUUGGAUUAUGGUUUGAAGUUCGGUGCAAUGUGAAUC